AUGCGCUUCUUCAAUUCGCUGGUGCUGCUGGUGCAGAGGUACGGGACGCACCUAUGUGACUGGGAUACAUCGACAAAGACGAGGCUCGGGCUUGAAAAGACAUAUCGGGUACGCGGCACAGUGCUGGCCAACGACGUUCUUGCUGAUGUGAGUGGGCUUGCAACCAGUGCGCGCAGCGACGGCACGUUCGCAGUGGACAACGUCAAGCUUGGUGACUCGAUGCUUGAGAUCAACAGCGCAGACUAUGCGUUCCCGAAGGUUCACCUGCGCAUCUUGCUGAAGGAGGAUGGCCGCGCCUCAAUUGCUGCCCGCUAUGUGCAGGUGGGCUCGGAGUGGUCCGAGGACACGCCGGUUCUGGCGUACCCUCUGCGCAUUGCUGCUGCCGACAAGUUCGAUUUCUUCACGCCGCGCCAAGGGUUCAGCCUCAUCUCCAUGUUCUCAAACCCGUACAUGAUGAUGGUCGGUGCCUCGCUCGCCGCAGUGUUUAUCCUGCCGCGUCCUCCAGGCACAGCUGGACCCUGA